AUUUGGCUACUCAAUUGUCCAAAACUAUCAGACGAAAAGUACCCGGUAAGUGCAGAAACUGUCGAUGAAAUCCGUAAGGAUUUAUCUCGUACUUUCCCAGACAACUCUAUAAUAUCAAGUCAAACCGGUAAAAAUGCUCUCGGUUGGAUUCUGUAUACAGUUGCCGAAAAAGUUCCAGCAGUUGGCUACUGUCAGGGCUUUAAUUACCUUGCGGCUCUGAUCUAUAUAAUAGUCGGUGAUAAAACCGUUGCCGCACAACUAAUGGUUAACAAUGUUUUGCUACGUCAGAGUUACUAUGACAAGAGUAUGAGUGGUAUUCGGCGUGAUUCAGUAGUACUCCGAGAUUUUCUUCGGUUAGUCGUCAAUAGUGUGUUACGAGUUUGGGAUUGUCUCUUUCACGAAGGAGAUACUGUGUUGUUCAGAGUCGCGAUAGUUUUGCUGGAAAACUGUGUACCUUUGUUGGUGAAAUGUAGAAAUACAUCAGAUGCCGUAGCGCUAAUUCGCGAUAUAGGCACUCUUCCUAUCGCAGUCAACUGUCAUGAACUGUUACAGGUAACCGGCCAGUCUGCUGUUGCCUUUGCAUAA